AGCGGAAACAGUUUACAAUGUAAAGUUUCGCAUUUCCGUAAAUCAAGCGCGAAACAACAAGGCCACGUUGUGUUGCCAAUAACACUUAAAAAUACAUCUUAGUGUUGCCAGAACUAUCACGCAACAAGUUUUCGACAUCUUACCGAGGCUUCAACGUCAUCCUUCUCGCAGGCUGCAGCAGAUUUAGCUUUAACGCUUCCUUUCAACGUUUUAGCAGAUUAAUGUCAUCGAGAUAAAUUAGCAGGAUUUGCAGCAGCAGACACGCCAGCAUCUUACUGUUGACUUUGGGACUGCGCUUCGGAUACCUAGUCUUCUUCUAGUGCCGACGAUGGUUUUGUUGAAGAACCUCCGUCCUCCCACCGAGGGAGUGAAGCUCCAGCAAGCCGACACCACUGCAGUCAUGGACGGCAACAAGUUGGGCUGUGGGACGCUCUACGUCGCUGAAACACGUCUGUCGUGGUUUGACGGCGCCGGGCUGGGCUUCUGUCUGGAAUACCCCACCAUCGGCCUGCACGCCAUCUCCAGAGACGUCAGCGCGUACCCUCAGGAGCAUCUCUACGUCAUGGUCAACGGGAAGCUCAGUGAGGAGAACGAGGCAGAAAUGGCGGACAAGGCGGCCGAGGAGGAAGAGGACGGCGGCAGCAGCGAUGGUGGCGAUGACGAAGAGGGAGCCAUCACUGAGAUCCGAUUUGUGCCUGGUGACAAGGCUGCAUUGGACUCCAUGUUUGCGGCCAUGUGUGAAUGCCAGGCGCUGCAUCCUGACCCAGAAGACGACGACUCCGAUAACGACUUUGAAGGCGAAGAGUACGAUGUGGAGGAAGCCGAGGCUGAGCACGGCCACGCCGACAUCCCUACCUUCUACACGUGCGACGAGGGUCUGUCGGCGCUGACGCAGGAGGGCCACACCACGCUGGAGAGGCUGGAGGGCAUGUUGGCACAGAGCGUGGCGCAGCAGUAUCACAUGGCCGGCGUGAGGACGGAGCAAAGCAACGCGGAGUUUGAAGACGGGAUGGAGGUGGACGGUGACACUGCAGAGGCUGGUCAGUUUGAGGACGCCGACGUGGACCACUGAUGGAGGCCCCCAUGCAUUAUGGGAGCUGCACUUCUUCAAGGCACUUCCUGUUGUCGCUGUCAAUCAUCUCCGUAGUCAAUGUAGUGCACGUCGUCGUUUGAAUCCAUCUGACCACCAAACUAAUAUGUCACAUCCUUUCUAGUAAUAAUUGUCAAUAAAAUAAUAGUUUUUCUAUUUUG